GUAGUGAUCUCUGCAUCGCCACAACAUUAUCGCCACCAUGAACGCUAUACUCGUGUUAGCCAUCCUCGGCCUGGCAAUGCCCAUUUAUGGCGAGGAAACACAAAUAGAAAAAAAACAGGAGAAGAGGGGUAUCUUAGGAUUGGGUUACGGAGGAUACGGUGGAUUAGGAAACACUCUGAUUGCAGGCAGUUCGGCUUAUGGAGGUUACGGGCACAGUUAUCUCGGUGGUGUUGCUCCGGCAAUUGCCUCCACGGGUCACGGCAUUUCCGCACCUGCAGCCUAUAGCGUGCCCAUAGCGUCUCAUGGAUACAGCGCGCCUCUGACUUAUCGCAUUGGUUAUUCUGGCGGUCCAGGAUACGGGGGUGCGAAUCUAGGUGGACUAGGACACGGUGCCGCGGGAGUCGCAUAUGGCGCCGGAUUGGGAUACGGCGCGAGGGGUCUUGGAUACGGUGCGGGAAUUGGAUAUGGUGCCGGACUCGGAUACGGCGCGGGAUUGGGACACGGUGCUGGUCUAGGUGCUGGUCUAGGUGCUGGUCUAGGUGCCGGUUACGGUGCCGGUUACGGUGCCGGUUACGGUCACGGAUGGUGAAGACGCGGCGGCGGCUGAUCAAUUAUCCGACACGCACACGGUGUCGCGAAACGUCCUUCAAUUUCUCUUGUCAACUUUGUCCUGAACAUUGGCCCUACCACCCUUAAACUUUUAUAUCGUGCGACUUCCAAAUAAAUUUUAUAUUUUUUAAUAACCCGCAGUAUACCUUUUUUAUGUCUCCAUUACGGCGAGGGUGAAUUACAAUUAAUAAUCUCUUGGAAAUUAAAUUGGUCAAUCUGUAAAGUGAAAGG